UCCUAAUGAUGACUGUCUCUGUCCUUUCACUUUUUUUUCUGUGAGAGUUCAUUCUCUCGUUUAGUUGUGUCCAUGUAGUUGCCACAAGAGCAUAUAUUUGAUAUACUUGAUCAAUGUACCAAAUGCCCAGUUGUUCUGUUGUGACAUGAUUUCAACUUGUGCCAAAAAAAAGGUAUUGCAAUCUUCUCACUUUGUUUCUGGUGAUUCUGUUGAUUUUUAAAGCUCUGACAGGAAUAUAUUAUCUGGAUGCAAUAGCAAUAUGCUGGUAUUUUUAGGUACUGUGUUAGUCAUGUUAGGGGAUCCAGUUCUGCCAUCCUUGUUCCUGUCAAGUAGCUCCUUAUUCUGUAGAUUCUCUCCCUCAGCAGGGGAGUAUACCCUUUACCAUGAGCAGGGGUGGCAGAACUUGGCCCACUUGGUUGCAAAUAAUGGGGAGGACUUAACAGACUUUAGCUUGCUUUCCUGAUCAAGGUAAUCCUUAAAAUCAGCUUAUGCAAUUUAUGAAGUUAGUCAGUAUCAGGAAGUCUAUUUGUAGAAAGAUGGCUAUACAAAUAAAGUAUUGAGUCAGUCUAACCACAGCCUAAGUGUAUGAUGAAUCAAAAAAGUGAAAGGAUGCAGAGUUGGAUUUUAACAUAGUUUCCAGUCAAUUAUUCCCACUCUAGAAAGAAGGGAGUCUUUAGUUACUGAUGUGAGGGGUUAAAAUGUUUUGAAUGAAUUGGUUCUUCAAGCCUGGGUAUAAUUAGGGCCCAAUCCAUUUUAAUCUCUCUAUGGUCAUUAUUAGCACUUCACUACAGUAAUCUUUCAUUUUUUUCUCUACCUCUGAAGCACAGAAACUGGGGAGAGGUAGUUAGCUGUGUUAGUCUGAUGUCAGGCAGAAGACAGGGUAGAUUUUCACUUUUUGGACUAAAUCAGAAGUAUAUAAGUGUUUGUAAACAGCAGCUUACUUAAUCAGAUACUCUUAUACAGAAACUUGCCAUCCCUAUCUUUAUAAAAUAGAAGCACUUGUUGCAACUUGUGCAAGGAUGUGCAGGAGGCCUGUGAUACAGUAGAAAACUGAACACAUAUUUUUAGUUGGAACUGAAGAUCUCUUAGAAGUAAGGUUAGUAUCCUGAUCACUGGACAACCCUUUCUCUUUAAAGAAGACCCCUAGUGAAUCUGCCACUGACUUCACAGAACAGGACCGGGUCUGUACACUUCAUCUGUGUUCUGUGGAAAAAUAAUUUGAAGUCCUGUCCUGUCCAGCCAGCACCCAACAUCAACACUAGGUAGAAUGCUUGAUGCAUUUAUAUGUUUAGAUAGUUACUGUUUACUCUUAGUCCAGUUCAACAAACUACCAUGUAAUGAGUUGACUCAAGUCUCACUGUAGGUGCUAGCAGCUGUGGGAGCACCGCACCAAACCAGAUCAACCGCACUGCCCUGGCAAGCUCUGCUCAUGUGCCCCCUUCCCCCGCCUCUUUCCCUGCACUCCUGGCCAGCUUCCAGGACCUACUGCCCAGACAGCCCUCCACCACACAUGCCCACAUACCUCCCCACAUACCUCCCACAGGGCCGGGGCUGCUCCAUGACCCCACCCCAUGAUCCUGGCUUUGCCCAUCCAUCUCACUUCUGAACAUCGCUGCCCUCCUGCCCUUGGCCCCAUCCCACAUAGGGAGUUUUAGUGAGGUUGUUGGGGCAGGGCAGAGCGGAGUGUUGACCUGCCUGUGACAACUCAUCAAAACUCCCUCUGUGGCCCCUGGACCCAAAUAAUUGCCCACUCCUGCCCUAGAUGCUUGCCAUGUGUGUGUAUGUUAUGUAUUCAAAAAGUUGAGAGGUUCCUUUGGCUUUUGAUUAUCCUCAAAUGAACAAAACACAAAAUAUAAGUGACAAUGAUUUCAACCAUUUUGUGUAAAAAAAAAAAAAAAAAAAAAAAAAAAAAAAAAAGUUGGGGGAGGGGUGGGUGUGACUCAUAAAGAUAUUGCCCCUUGGACUGCAAUCCUCUAUCCUGUAUAUCAUGUUUCAACAGGUAAUGAAUUGUUUUGCUGAAUUAUAGUUAGGGAUUUAUAAUGGAAAUACGGACACCACCUCAACUAUCCCAUUGCAAAUGUGACACUCUUAAUUAAGGGAUCUCUGGGGUGCAAUAGGCUCCUUGUUGGAUUAGCUUGCUCGAAACUUAAUGGCAAUUUGCAAAUUGGUUUCCGGUUUUGCUUUUCGUUUUUCCCUUUUGUUAUUCUACAAAGAAAUUUUGUUUCAGAUAAUGUGAGAGACUGUUAUACUUUAUGGCUCCUUUUCAUCUUUGCUAAAGAGUGUGUGUGUUGUUGUUUUUUCUCUUCCCCCCUCUUCCCCUUUUUUCCGGGCUUUAGGUGAGGGCUGUAGUAUUUGAUGAUUCAGCUGGGAAAUCCCGGAGCUACAGUUUAAUGACUGACUACUUGAAGGGAGGAGCGAAGCAGAUAUUUCUCCAACAAUAAGCUGAAGAAGAGGUUAGAGCUGCUUAUCCAUUAUAAGACAGUUCAGUGCAGCUACUAUCACCCUGCAAAACAGAAUCUCACUGGCAAGCACCGUUCCUUAUUACUUGCAAGAAGAUACAUUAGAUGCAUGAGAGGACAGUGUCAACCGAUAUCACCUGCACACAGAAUCAAGGUCUUUCCAAGCCAGCAGCGAUGGAGUCAAUGGAUGAAACUGAAGGACUGCAAGGACAGCAGAGUGGAAAGGAACAAUCCCGAAAAGCCUCACAGAGAACCCCGCAGCCUGGGUGGGCUGCCUGGUGGGCUGCAUUCAAAUCUGGAGGGAACGUGUGCUUGUUCGCCCUCUCACAGAUAUUGCUUCUCUGCAUGAUGUUAUGGUACAACGGUUACAGGACAUUCCCAACAGCUCAGAACGCCUUUGACCUAAUGUCGUACUUGCUUAUGCCAUUUGGACAAUUCAUGUCAAAUCCAGGGGGGGAUCUGACAAGAGAUGGGAGUUCUGUGAUGUCAUAUUUCCUGCUAUCUUUAAUUUCUUUAGGACUGUUACUCGUAGGAGCUCUGAUCUGGCAUCUCCUGAAAGCCCAACGGGACCCUGCCUUUCCACUACCAGAGGACAGGCGCCAGUCUGUGAGCCGCCAGCCUUCCUUCACAUACUCAGAGUGGACAGAGGAUAAAAAUGAAGAUGACUUUCUAGAUCUGGAUCCAGUACCUGAAACACCGGUCUUUGACUGCGUAAUGGACAUCAAAGCAGAGACAGAUCCAACAACUCUAACAGUUAAAUCUGUGGGGUUGCAAGAAAGGAGGGGGUCGAAUGUCUCACUCACACUGGACAUGUGCACUCCAGGCUGUUCUGAGCAAGGCUUUGGCUACAUCAUGUCUCCAAGAGAACAGUCAGCCCGAGAAUAUCUCCAAACAGCAACAAACAUCCUUACUGAAGAGGAGCUGCACAAGAAAGCACUAGAUCCUUUCAUACUCCAGGCAGAAUUUUUUGAAAUCCCAAUGAACUUUAUUGAUCCAAAGGAAUAUGAUAUUCCAGGUUUAGUGAGGAAGAAUCGCUACAAAACAAUUCUUCCAAAUCCUCACAGCAGAGUGUGCCUUACCUCAACUGAUCAAGAUGAUCCUCUUAGCUCUUACAUCAAUGCUAACUACAUCAGGGGCUACGGAGGAGAGGAAAAAGUAUAUAUUGCCACUCAGGGACCCAUAGUUAAUACUGUCAGUGAUUUCUGGAGAAUGGUGUGGCAAGAGUGUUCUCCUAUCAUUGUCAUGAUUACCAAUAUAGAAGAGAUGAAUGAGAAGUGUACUGAAUACUGGCCAGAAGAUCAGGUCACCUAUGAAGGAAUAGAAAUCACAGUUAACCAUGUCAUACAAGCAGAUGAUUACCGAUUAAGACUCAUUACCCUAAAGAAGGAUGAAGAAGUAAGAACCCUGAAACACUACUGGUACACAUCCUGGCCAGACCAAAAGACACCAGAUCAAGCUCCUGCCCUGUUACAGCUGGUGCAGGAAGUGGAAGAGGCCAUGCAGCAUGCAGAACAAAAGAAUGUUCCAGUCAUUGUCCACUGCAGUGCAGGGAUUGGAAGGACAGGCUGCUUCAUUGCCACCAGCAUUUGUUGUAAAGAGUUGAAGAAUGAGGGCAUAGUUGACAUACUGCGAACAACCUGCCAGUUACGACUAGACAGGGGAGGAAUGAUCCAGACUUGUGAACAGUAUCAAUUUGUCCACCAUGUCAUGAGCUUGUAUGGGAAACAGCUCGCUAGAGCAGCAGAAGAAUAAGCAUUCAUGGUAGUCCUAAUGGCUAAACCCAAGUGAACUUCUGACUGGAAUGAGAUAUAUUCCAGAUCUGAUAAGAGACAUAUGGUUACUCAGCCAUCUUAGUUGAAGAUACACAUGCGCGCACGCACACACAUACACAUAUACAUACAUACAUAAAUAUAAAUAAAUAAUAUAUUGUUUUACUUUGAUAUUGCUUCUUUUAUGCUUUUGUUUGCAUUGAAGAGUUGAGAUACUACUUGUCUUACACAUAUGUGGCAGGACAUUAUCUUCACCAAAAAAAAAACAAACCCAGCUUAUUUAUACUGUAAAUAAAAAUAGUAGCUUCAUUUGUUACAAAAUCAAAAAAAUUCCACUUUGUGUCUUCAGUUUGCUAUUUAAAAAAAAAAAUUUAAUUGCUAAUCUAUCCAAAUACAGUGUGAAACUUUUUGAAAUUGUCAUGCUGAAAUAUGUACCGUAUGUUGACUAAGCUUGAAAGUAACUUUUGCCUUUUUCUGAUUGUUUUUACCUUUAAAACUACCGAAUACUGUGUAUAUCAUAAACCUUCUGAGCCUCUGCAUUUAAGGAUUCAACUUGAUUCAUAUUGAAAUAAUGUUUCACACUUCAUGUUUGCUUGUUAAAAAAAAAUCCACAAGAUGUAGCAGUGGUGUCAGAACAAAGGGAGGAAAAGUUAAAUAAUUUACCUAAGUCAAUUCCUAUUUCCUUAACUGCAGUAUGCCGUAGGAUUAUAACAAUAUUGAAAUGCUGUGGUGAAAAUGAGAGAGGAGUCUGAAAACAAAACACUUCAAACUGAAAUCUAAAUCUGGAUCAGAAUUUGAAUUUUGCUAAUGGCUUCUGUAUGUUGUCAGCCCAAAUUCCCAGAUACAAUUUCCUUUGAACUUUGAGAUGUUCGAAAUCUAAGUGUGAAUUUUGUGACUUAAAGCCCACUUCUAUUGAGUAGACAGGAAAGGGUCACUUCUUUGCUGUCAAGUGAGCUGAGAGCCCAGUUCUCGUGAAAAUGGGAAUCAGGCAUCCAAAUCCCGUAGGCAGCUUUGAAAACUCAUAAACCAAGUGUUUGCCUUUGAAAAUACAUUCAGACUGUCACUCAACCCUGUAUCCCUACAACCAACGAUCUGUGCAGCAGCACUUCCUUUUAGACAGACACUGCAGCUCCUAAUUAUCUUCUAAGCCCCAGUUCAGGAAAAGAUUUAAGCAUUUGCUUAAGUUUAAGCAUGUGUCUAGACCCAUUAAAUCCAUGCCUGAGUGCCCUAAUGAAUAGGCAUAUAUUUAAGCAUGUGUGUUUAAGUGCUUUAAGAAUUGGGGCACGACAAGCAAUUAAAGUUAUCUGCAACUUGCUUUUAACAACAACAGCAACAAAAUUGUACUUGUAUUAGUGCUGAAAAUUCUGAGAAUUUAUUGCACUUGCUGAUCAGAAAAGGAUCAAACAGCAUUCAGAAUUAUAAGGGCUCGAUCCUGUUUUCACUGAUGUUUUGCCAUUGACUUCAGUGGGCACAAGUUCAGGCCUGAAGUGCUAUUUCUACAACUUACUGUGUCACUGUGGGGAAUUUUUCCCAAAAGUUCAAUACAUGUCUUUUGUUUUUUAUUUUGUAUCCAAGUACCAAUAAAUUUCAUGUCAGCAGGGUUUGCAUGAAUGUGGCAACAUGUCUUAUCUUUAAAUCACUUAACUUUAUUGCUGUAUUUAAAAUAUUUCCUUCAGUGAGAAGCUAGCAAAGUGAACUGGCUUUUACAAAAAAAUACUGCUGGUAGUCAUUAAAAAGAGCAAUAAACUUAAGCAUUUUGAGCAUAACAUGGCUGUUAGUUUUAUGUAAACCUCACUUGCUGUCAUAAUUCCCUUGCUACAGACUCUUUCACAAGGGUGACAUGAUCCCCACCUAAGGAUUCUUUCUUAGAAAUAACAAAAGCACCACUGAUGUUCUGAAUGGCAUUGUAAGUGGGACUCCUUAUAAAUAAUGUUUUAAGAUGUCUAGUGCCCUUCAAUGUCAAAACUAAAUGAAUAAAAUGACAUGUUUUGUCAUGAAUUAUGCUGUGUGUCUAAUAAAGAAUAUUUGCUAUGAUGGA